AUGGAUGAAUUCUUGGAGGAAAAAAUGGACGUUCUUAUAACAUGGAUUUAUACUCAAAUUUAUACUAGUAGUAGCAAUAGCAGUAGUAGUUUAAGUAGCAGUAGCAGUAGCAGCAGAAGUAGUAGUAGAAGCAGCAGCAAAAGAAAUAGCAGCAGUAGUCGCAGUAGGAAUAGUAGUAAUAAUAUCAGCAGCAGCAGUAGCAGUACGAGCAGUCGAAGCAGCAGCAGUAGGAAUAGUAGUAGUAGUAAUAGUAGCAUAGUAGCAGUAGCAGAAGGAGUAUUGGUAGCAGCAGAAGUAGAAGCAGUAGCAGCAGUAGUAGUAACGGUAGGAAUAGUAGUAGUAAGAGCAGCUGCAGCAAUAUUAGCAGUAGGACUAGUAGCAGCAGCAACAGUAGCAGUCGAAACAGUAACAGCAGUAGUAACAGCAGCAGCAGUAGUAGGAGGAGGAGGAUGGGGAGGAAAAGGGAGUAGAAUAAUAGUAGCAGAAGUGGAAGAUGAAGCAGCAGUAGUAGCAGUAGCAGCAACAGUAGCAGCUGCAGCUGCAGCAACAGAAGCAAUUGCAGAAGUAGUAGCAGUAGGAGUAGUAGUAGCAACAGACGUAGUGGUAGUAGUAAUGACAGCAGCAGAACAAUAG